AUGAGGCAGCACAGUGUCAUUUCUGCCCCAAUUAAAGCCUCAUCGGAGUUUAUCAUAGCGGAGCGCGCGCAGUCACACCCCCACAUAAACUCUAACCGCCACGUGCAACUUCCCUGUUCCUGUGCCCCCUCCACCCCCCGGCCCUUUAAAUGUCUCAGCCCUCCGCAGGAGCGGCAGAGCCGGGACCGCUGGACCCGGGACACAGGCGCGCGCUCCGCGAUGACAGCGACACUUCUGCUGCUGCUGCCGCCGCUGCUGCUGCUCUGCUCCUCCGGCGGGGGAGCGCAGCAGCCUGCCGCUGCUGUACAAGAGUAUUAUAUAGCGGCUGUGGAAAUAGGCUGGGACUACGUCUACCUGGACGAUGUUGACCCAGCGUCCGACCAAAGGAGAUACAAAGAUAUUCCUCAAAAAUACAUCAAGGCAGUUUACAGGGAGUACACCGACUCCACAUACACUGUCCCCAAGCCAAGGCCCGCAUGGGCAGGUAUUCAGGGUCCAGUGAUCGUGGCCAAGGCUGGCGACAGGGUGGUGGUCCACUUCAAAAACCUGGCCUCCCAGCCCUACAGCAUCAGCCCUGUGGGGAUCACCUACUGGAAACAGUCUGAAGGAGCCGGGUAUGAUGACUCCACAGCGGGCCAGGAGAAGGAGGAUGAUGCCGUCUUUCCUGGAGGAUACUAUGAGUAUGUGUGGGACAUCAGCCCCAAAGACGGACCCACCACCAGCGACCCAGAGUGCCUCACCUACUCCUACUCAUCCCAGGUGGACACGGUCCGAGAUGUGAACUCAGGACUCGUCGGUGCUCUGCUCAUCUGCAAAUCAAGUGCCUUCACAGAUGACGGCCAGAGGAGGAACCAAGCGUUUGUCCUGCUGUUUGCUGUGUUUGACGAGACCAAGAGCUGGUACGGAGAGGUCGGAGAGAGGAAGAGCAGAGAGAAGUUCAGGAGGAGCAACGGCAGGAAGGAAUACCACACCAUCAAUGGAUACGUCAACUCCACGUUACCCGGUUUGAAAAUGUGUCAAGGCCGUAAUCAUGUGUUUUGGCAUCUGAUCGGGGUGGGCACAGCUCCAGAAAUCCACUCCAUUAACUUUCAGGAUCACUCUCUUGAGGUGUUAACCCACCGUAAAGUCAAUAUGGAGGUGACCCCUAUGACAUUCAUCGCUGCAGAAAUGAAACCUGCUACUAUAGGCCGCUUCCUCAUCAGCUGUAAGAUACAUGCCCACCGCCACGAUGGUAUGAACGCCUUGUUCACGGUGGAGAAAUGCCUUGAACCGGUCCCUCUGCCGGGACCCGACCUGCGUAAUGUCAAACACAAGGAUGACAGGUACUACAGCGAUGAGGACAUUGACGAAGACGAAGACAAUGACGAUGACGAUUUGUUCAACACCAUAAGCUUCCAGCCCAGGAAACCACAAGUGCAAGUCAGAGCCAGCAGGGGCGAGCAGGUUAAAACCUGGGAGCAUUACAUCGCUGUUGAAGAAGUCACAUGGGACUACGCUCCUCACCUCCAAUCCACAGACAGCAAGCUCCAGUCUGGAUAUUUGCCUGCAGCUCCCCAUCACCUGGGCUACAGGUAUAAAAAGGUGGUGUAUGUGGAGUACACAGACGGCUCUUUCACUCAGAGGAAGAACCCUGCAAAGACACUGCUGGGUCCACUUCUGAAAGGAAAAGUCAGUGAUCAAAUCCAGAUCACUCUGAGAAACCUGGCCAGUCGCCCUUUCAAUAUCUACCCCAAUGGCCUUACCAAGAUCUACCCGCUGCAGAGAUCCACAAACGCUGCAGAGAAGGACUUGCGCUCCAUGGGAGUGCCCCCAAAUGGGACGUUUAGCUACAUUUGGAGGCUAACCCCAGAUGAUGGACCCUUGGACGGAGAUCCCCAGUGCCUGACCCAGCUCUACCAGAGCACCGUCUCCCCAGAGAGGGACUUGGCUUCCGGGUUGGUGGGCACCCUGCUGAUCUGCAAGAAUGAUGCCAUCGACACCAGAGGACGCCUGUUUGGCCCAGAUAAAGAGUGGAGCGUGAUAUUUGCUGUGUUUGAUGAGAACAGAAGUUGGUACGUCAACGAAAACAUGCAAAAGUCCAGCCAAAGCUCCUCUAACGCCACAGACCCGGAAUUCUACAACUCCAAUGUCAUUUACAGUGUAAACGGCAUCAUGUUCAGUGGGCGUCAGUUUGUGAUAUGUAAAACGGACGUCACCUUCUGGCAUGUGGCCAAUGUGGGCACCCAGAGUGACUUCUUGUCUGUUUACUUCACGGGAAACCUGUUUCAGUACCAAGGCCUCCACCAGUCCGUCCUCACCCUGUUCCCCAUGACUGGUGUGACCGUUCCCAUGGAACCAGAGCUGAUGGGUGAGUGGGAGAUCAGCGCCUUUGACGGCAGCCUGAAGAGCCGGGGGAUGAGCAUCUAUUACACCGUUCGCCCUUGCGACAACGGAGAGCUCCCGCUGGUCGACCGCGAUUGGGAUGAAGAUGAUAUCUCUGACUACAUCGACCAGAUAGAUUUGCAGCCGAGGGGCAUAAGAGUUCAAAAUCGCACAAUGUUGGUUCGAGUGUGCAAGAAACCCCUCACUAACAACACUCAGGUAGUAAACACAUCUGGCCAAAAUGUCACUGAUGAUAAAAGUGAGGCUGCAGGACGGUCAGGAUGUCAGCUAAAGAAAGUGACGGUAACAUCUCUGAAAGGAGAAGAAAUCCCAGAGGAUAUCUUGGAGGAAAUAGAGAUAGAUGGAGAGUGGAGGGUUUCUCAGAACAGGUCUGAACCUGGAGGAGAGGGAGUUAUCAGACAGAGAAGACAAGCGGAGGGCAAUGGGACAGAUGACGAUAUCAGCUCUGGAGCCUCAGAAGAUGAAGGAACUGGGUUAGAGACUGGAGAUCAGGUGGUGGAAAAUCGGACUGACGCUGCUGCCGAGGUAAAAGCUGAGGAAAGGAGUGAAAUGCCAAGUGUGAAUAAUGGGACAGAAGGAGAGCUUGAAGAGAGCAACGAGAUCUUAAUGAACACCAAUCCACUUCUGAACAAGAAGGUCUCAGCUGUAGAUCUGACCAGUUCAGAGGAGAUGGAUCGAAACUACAUUCAGGCUGAACCUGAGCAACUUAAAGCAGAUCUGAUGCAUCUGGAAUACAACUACACUGCUGAAAACAACCACACGGCAGGGAUUGACCUGUCCUUUGACUAUGAUGACUACAGCCAAGAGGGGAACAGCACAUCAGAUAUAUUUGGCACAGAUUACAUGGACCUGCGCUCUGGAGAGGUCAGAUAUCGCCACUACUACAUUGCUGCAGAGGAGAUCACCUGGGACUAUGGCAUCAGAAAACCACACCAGCUGAUCAAACCCAGAGAGAUGCGUCGCGGCAUGAGGAAGUUCCUGCAAGAGUACAAGAAGGUGGUGUUUCGAGCCUACAGGGAUAAAGACUUUCUAGAUCCUGUAGGCAGAGGAGAGCUCCAGGAGCACCUGGGAAUCAUGGGACCUUUCAUCAGAACAGAGAUUAAUGAUGUCCUUACUGUGAUCUUUAAGAACAAGGCAUCCAGGCCGUACUCCUUUCACCUUCAGGGAGUCUAUGACCUCAGCCAGGGAGCUGGCUUUGCCCAGACCCACGCCUCCUCCGCUCCCCCCGGGGUCCCAGGAAAGCCUGUGCCUCCCGGUGAGGCACGGACAUAUAACUGGAGAAUCACCAGGAAACAAGGACCAACAGACACUGAAUUUGACUGCAAGACAGGGGCUUACUACUCCACUGUGGACAAGGAGAGGGACCUUCAUUCAGGUCUGAUUGGUCCGCUGGUGAUCUGUAAGCCCGGCACCCUGCGGACUCGUCAGUACACGCAGCCGGACGUCCAGGACUUCUCCCUCCUCUUCCACACCUUUGAUGAAACUAAAAGCUGGUACCUGGAGGAGAACCUGCAGCGGCACUGUGCUCCACCCUGUCAGGCCAACACUGAGGACCCCUGGUACCACAUCAGCAACAAGUUUGCAGCGAUAAAUGGUUAUGUGGCGGAGACACUUCCUGGUUUGCUGGUGGGCCAGCACCAGCGAGUCAGGUGGCACCUGCUGAAUGUAGGAAGUGACGGAGAGUACCACGCUGUGCACUUCCAUGGUUUGCCUUUCACUGUUCACACCAAAGAGGAACACCGCAUGGGGGUCUACAACCUCUUCCCUGGAGUGUUUGGCACGGUGGAGAUGAGACCCCCCACAGUCGGCACAUGGCUGGUGGAGUGCACUAUAGGAGACUACCAGCUGGCCGGCAUGAGGGCUAAACUACUGGUCUACAAUCCACGAUGUAUCUCGCCACUGGGGAUGAAAUCAGGAAGGAUUGAAGAUUCCCAGAUCACAGCAUUAGAUCACAUAGACAACUGGCAGCCGCAGCUGGCGAGGCUGGAUCAGUCCGGUUAUAUCAAUGCCUGGAUGGGCAGAAACAAGAUGUCAUGGAUACAGGUUGACCUUCAGAGGCCCACCCUGCUGCAUGGCGUGCAGACACAGGGAGUCAGAGCAAUGCUGAGGGACAACUACAUCAGAUUCUUCACCAUCUCCUACAGCCUGGACCAGGAGACCUGGGCCACGUACAGAGGAAACAGCUCCAGCCAGUCCAAAAUAUUUUAUGGCAACAUGGACAGCUCCAAGGUGAAACACAACCGCUUCGCUCCACCGUUUGUGGCUCGCUACGUCAGGAUUCACCCAAUGGACUUUAAGCAGAGGCCUGCUCUCCGCCUGGAGCUGCUGGGCUGCGAUCUCAACAGCUGCUCUCUCCCUCUUGGGCUCCAGAAGGGGCAGAUUCCUGACAGCAGCUUUAGUGCAUCCUCAUCCUAUUCCUCCCUGCUGCGUAGCUGGACCCCCAGCCUCGCCCGCCUCCAUCAGAAGGGCAGCGCCAACGCCUGGAGGCCAAAGAACAACAACCCCCACGAGUGGCUGCAGGUUGACUUGGGCAAAGUAAAGCGCAUCACAGGCAUCGUGACCCAAGGAGCACGAUCGCUGUUGACCCAGAUGAUGGUGACAGAGUUCUCAGUCACCGUCAGCCAUGAUGGACAGUCCUGGAGCAGUGUGUUAGAGGAGAACUCCCAAAGAGAAAAGGUCUUCGCAGGAAACGAUGAUCCGGACGAGGAGGCUCUCGCCGUUUUUGAUCCCCCUCUGUUUGGCCGCUACCUCCGUAUCCACCCGCUGGGCUGGAUCAACGACAUCGCCCUGCGUCUGGAGGUCCUGGGCUGUGACACGCAGCAGGGGCUCUGACACCGCUGGCCGAACCCACCGACGCCGUGCAGCGACAUCUUGGCAGCAUCGUGUAUCGCGGUUUCAUUUUGGAGAUGAAAAAUGUUAUAUUGUUACGCCGAGCACUUAUUAAAUUAUAUAUUACAUGUCACUGUUUGUGCAAGAGAAGCUGUUUCUACUGUAGAAUCAUGUUUAAUGUCAAUAAUAUGUCAUAAGACGUCCAUUUAAACAGGGCCAGUGACACAGCAUUAGCUUUCCACAGAACAAACCUUUUAAAUGUCAGCUUGUGUAAAUAUUUCCGAUUCAGAUGGAUGUAUAAAGUUUGAAUGGUCGAUGUAUAUUGUUGGAAAAGUUUGUAUUAAAGUAUUUUUCUGCUUUAUUAGAGUUUAUAUAAAGAAUAAA